AUGCAUCGUCGGGCUCAGCUCCAUCGCCGAGUCAAAGGGCUUGAGGACCUCGGUAAAGUGUUUCCCCCACAACAGAACAAAACAGAGACGGAAAUACCAGUGGCUGUCUCGACCGAAACCGGCCCAAGAGGCGACAUGUUCCACCCGGGAGGGAGAUGUGCGUUUUUUGGAAGUGCUAGACGAGUAAUUAGUGCGGUGUACCCUAAGUCGCUAAAGGUCGAUGCCACGAACCAGAUUUUGCUAGCCGCUAUUCUAGUCUGGCAGGCCUUGGAAAUUGUUGAUAGUUCGCCGAUGCGCCCUUUAUACACGUAUGAACCACGUCAUGUACACCCAGCUCCCGUCCUCGCAGUGCUGACUCGGAAGUAUCUUCGUACCAGACGGGUAGCUUCCUUAUUUGCUACCGGGUUGCUCAUGAACUGA